AUUACUCUCUCUCUCUCUCUCUCUAUUCAUGUGUACGUAAUAUUAGUAAGUUGUGUACAAGUAGAGAGUGAAAGAAUUAUCUGCUCAUCACAACUCUCAAAACAAACAUUCGUGCCCUGUUCUGCAGAUUCUGCAGGGUGUGUCUCCAUUUUGUAUGCUAAUUAAACGACGAAGAAAAUGGAUUCAGCUACUCUUCUUGAUUAUGUUUUGUUUCAGCUCACCCCAACAAGGACCAGAUGCGAUCUUGUCAUCUUUUCCGGCAAGAAAAAUGAGAAACUGGCGUCUGGGUUGCUUCAACCCUUCAUUUCUCAUCUCAAAUCCGCUCAAGAUCAGAUUUCCAGAGGAGGCUACUCCAUUACUCUUCGCCCUUCUACUCCACACACUUCCAAUUCUUCUUGGUUCACCAAAGCUACUUUGGAAAGGUUUGUAAAGUUUGUAAGUAGUCCAGAAGUUCUUGAGAGAUUUGUUAGCAUUGAGAGAGAGAUCGCGCAGAUUGAGAGUUCAGUUCAACCGAAUGAACAGCCAAGCGUGGCAUCUGAGGCAGAAGUUGAAUCCAAUGGAACUGGUGAAACUUCCCAAGGAGAAGAUUCCAAGGCUCGUCUGCAACGCAUUCUGGAAACUCGAAAGGUGGUUCUUAGGAAAGAGCAAGCCAUGGCGUAUGCUCGUGCUCUAGUGUCAGGAUUUAAGGCAGACUGUUUAGAGGACCUUAUAUCUUUCGCCAAUGCUUUUGGAGCUUUACGGUUAAGGGAAGCAUGUGUAAAUUUCUUGGAAUUGUGUACUAAAAAAAGCGACGAUGGAAUGUGGAUGCACGAGGUAGCAGCAAUGCAGGCCUGCUCACCUUCUGAGCUUCCAUAUUUCGGGAAAUCAGGAAUCGUGUUUGCUGGAGAGGAGAAAUUGUAUAAUCAAGAUACCAUGAUGAACCAGAACGAGUUAUCGAAUGAUAAUGGCUUGGCAUCAACACCUCAAAUGCAGCUUCCAAUAUGGCAAAACCAUUUCCCACAGUAUCUGCAACAUUUUCCAGGUCCCGGGAUUCCUCAAACGAGGCCUUUUCCCGGGUAUCUGCUUCCAGGAAUGCAGGCUCCCCCGUCUUACUUUCCUGGAAACGUUCACCACGAAUCAGAGGACAGUUGGAAGGGCAAGUCGGGUUCCAAAAGCAAGAAGAAAUAUUCAAAUGGAACGAAUCCGAAAGAAGAUCAUGGAAAUGAAAAUAGUGAUUUGAGCUCAGGAGGUGAUUCAGAUAACCACCGGAGAGGUUCAUCAAAAACAAUUGUUAUUCGCAAUAUAAAUUAUGUUACUUCAAGGAGAAAUGAUGAAGAGAAGGACAGCAGUUCUAGUGAUUCUUCCUCUUUAGCCUCUGAUUCGAUCAAAAGGCAAAUAGAACAAGCUGUUGGGGCAUUGGAGAGGCCAGAGAAUAGAACAUCCCAUAGCAAAAAGAAACGAGAUGGAACGAAAAGACGACAUAGCAGCAAGAAUAGAGAGGGUGGUGUUGAAAAUGCAGAUAUGGGAACCUCUCAAGAAGACUUCUUUGCAAGCAAGAGCUUAGGGGAUGAGGAUCGGUCAUCUCCAUUCAAUGCUCAAACCAAGGGACUAUCGAAACACCAUGCUCCUUCAAAUGACUCUUUUAUUGUGACUGAAAGAGACAUACAUGUUGAAGACCAAGUUCAUUUGCAAAAUUUUGGAGCAAGAGAAACAACAACUUACCUAGUUAGUAGAGGAGGCGAUACGGGUGAUGAGGAAUUGGUAUUUGCAAAUAGAACCCGAGAAACGGUUAGCUACCCCCGUGCAACGUUGUCAAUUGGUGCCACUGAUACAAUGAUCAUUAGAAGCCAAAACGAGGAAGAUUGGUUUAAGUGCAACCAACCAGACUUGCUAUCAUCAAAUGGGGGAUUUAAGGUAGACAACAGUAUCUUUGUUGGUGAGGAAAACAAAAAAGAUGUGCUCGCUGAUGAUUCUUUUAUAGUACAAACAAAUUCAGUUGGUAAAACAUCGUCUGACUAUCAACCAACCGCUGACAUCUUCAUGGUUUCGGACAUCAUUGGAGCUAAUCAACCUAAGCAUAACAUAUUAGAGGUUGAAGCCACAGUUGUAAACGAACCAGAUGAUCUUUGCAUGGUGCUUGAGCGAGAUAAUGCAGCUAUUGAUCAAGUGGAUGCCCCGUGGAGUCCAGAAAUGGAUUAUGGAAAUGAUAAAGUGAAUUUUAAGCUGCCCCAAAACGAUAAAGUUCCCAAUACAAGAGACAGGACUAAUCCAGGAGAAAAAGGAGUUAGAAAAGAAACAAGUUCUAGAACUCCAGUGGGGACUCUUGCAAGGACCAAAUCUGAGAUCACUUCAAGGAUCAAAAAAUCACCUUCAACGCCAAAGAUCAAAUCUGUUAAGGAAGAAGAAAGCAGAAAGAAAAUGGAGGAACUAGCAUUGCAGCGUCAAAGGAGGAUUGCAGAGAGAAGUGCUGGAACUGUUUCUAAUAGACCAACCUCAAAUAAAACCAUGAAAGAUAGCAAAAGAUCUAUGGCCACCACUGUGAAAGUUGAGAAACUGAAGUAUCAAGCCUCAACUGGAGAGGCAGAGAAAUUACAUAAACCAAUUUGUAGGAGCUCUACCAUAGAUCGCCUUGCAACUGCACGAAUAACUCACACGCCAUCUAAAGAGUCACAGAACAGAUCAAGUAGGAAAACAAUUCAUCAAAAGGUCAAGCCUUCAGAUAAAAGUUGUAUGAAUAAGUCUAAUACGACUUCUCCUGAUGCUCUAGUAAAGGAGAGCAGCACUGAAGGAAGGCCUCGGGCUAAUGAAGUUGAUGAUUUCAGAGACAUCAAGGAGCUUCAGACUAUAUCUUCAGUUGAGAAGAUUGAAAAUCAUAUGAUUUCAUCUACUGAUACUUUCGUUAACGAAGAACGUGAUCAGAUGUCAAAUGGAAGAUUCUCAAUGCCGCCUAACGAAGAUCAAUCUGUCCAACCACAGGACUUGAAAGUGAGCGAUGCGAACAGUGCAGUAAGUGAUGAAGUGAAGGUAGAAACACAUCACUCAAGGAAGAAAUGGAUCACUGGUGGCGACUCUCCUCAAGUAACCAACAGUAUUAGAAAGUUGCUAUUGUUUGGUAGGAAAAGCUGAGCAUUCCACCUCUAAUGAGGUCAAAGUUACAAGUUUUAUUAUUGAGUAAUAAAAAAAUUUCUUUCUUGUCUGUGUUGAGAGGAACAAGAAACCGAACAAAGUAAAAACUAAAGGCUGCUUUAGUUGA